CAGGGUUCUUUCAACGUGGGCUCAACUUUGCACGAGGUUUCAAAAUGGCGUCCGAAGAUCGACCUCCCGAGGUCAACACGGGAAAACCUGAGUUGGACGAGAAGAUCUUGGAAUGGCUUGCUCUAGAUAAGUAUCAACCAACUAUUGAUGAGAUCAAGCAGCUUGUCCGAUCAAGGAAUCAUGAAGAGUUGGAAAAAAGAUUGCUUUCCUCACUGUCUUUUGGGACUGCAGGACUUCGGUCAUCUAUGGGUGCUGGCUUCUCCAAGAUGAACGACCUUACAGUAAUCCAAGCGAGCCAGGGACUUGCAGUUUAUUUAGAGCAGACAUUUGAAGAUAUCAAAGAAAAAGGAGUUGUCAUUGGAUUCGAUGCAAGACAUAAUAGUUUUAGACUGGCACAGCGAGCUGCAGCAGUAUUUCUCUCUAGGGAUAUCAAAGUAUAUCUUUUCUCGGAAAUGACACCAACUCCUUAUGUGCCAUUUGCAGUGAGAUUUUACAGAGCUGCAUGUGGCGUAAUGGUGACAGCUUCCCACAAUCCCAAAGAUGACAAUGGCUAUAAGGUUUAUUUUGACAACGGUGCCCAGAUCAGGUCUCCUCAUGACAAGGGAAUCUCAAAAUGCAUCAAAGAAAACAGUGCCCCUUGGGAGACGUCCUGGGACCUUACGCUACCACAGACACACCCUAAAAGACAGGACCCACUGCAGGAGACUUGUGUUGCUUAUUGCAGUGCUCUAAAGAACUACUCACAUUUUAGUGAUAUGAACAGAGAGACAAGAAUAAAGUUUACAUUUACUCCAAUGCACGGCGUUGGACAGAGAUUUGCUGUCAUGGCAUUUGAAGCCUUCAAUCUUCCACCUUUUAUCUCAGUGAAAGAACAGAUGAAUCCAGAUCCAGAAUUCCCAACUGUGAGAUACCCUAAUCCUGAGGAAGGCAAGAGUGCCCUAGAUUUAUCAAUGAAAGCAGCAGACGCUGGAGGUAGUACUGUCAUCAUCGCUAAUGACCCAGACUCAGACCGGACGGCAGUGGCCGAGAAGCAGCACGAUGGGAGAUGGAGAGUUUUGACUGGUAACGAAACAGGAGCAUUAUUUGGUUGGUGGUCAUUCUUCUGCCAUAAAAAGGACCACCCCCACCUUUAUCCUGGUGAUCACGUGUACAUGGUGGCUAGUACAGUGUCUUCCAAGUUCCUCAAGUCAAUGGCUAAGGAGGAGGGGUUUAAAUUUGAUGAAACAUUGACUGGUUUCAAGUGGAUGGGAAACCAGGCAUACACACGUUUGCAAGAGGGAAAAACAGUCCUUUUUGCAUUUGAAGAAGCUAUUGGUUUUAUGUAUGGCACAAAUGUUCUGGACAAGGAUGGUAUCAGUGCAGCUGCUGUCAUGGCAGAGAUGGCCACAUAUCUGGACAGACAGGGUCUUACUUUAACCGAUCAAUUAGCUAAGCUGUAUGAACGAUAUGGAGUCCACAUCAGUAAUAACUCCUACUAUCUCUGCCACUCGCCGCCCACCAUCGUCAAGAUCUUUGAGAGGAUUAGAGCCCUCCACGGUGGACAGUACCCAAGUCACUGUGGGCCAUAUCGCAUCUCUGGGAUAAGGGACUUAACAACAGGCUUCGACAACACACAGCCAGAUAACAAAGCGGUAUUACCCACAAGUAAAUCGAGCCAAAUGAUCACUUUUUAUUUCACAAAUGGCUGUGAGGCAACACUUAGGACCAGUGGGACAGAACCAAAGAUCAAAUACUAUACUGAGAUUGCUGGCAGACCUGGAGAAAAGGUAGACAUGAAGGCUGCCAAGUCAACCCUACAAGAUGUGGUGGAUUGUAUCAUUCGUGAGUUCCUGGAGCCACAGAAGAAUGGACUGAUUCACCAGUCCGAGGCCCUGUCUGACUGAUCUGUGUUAGAAUGGUUAUUAAUUUAUUAUGUGAAAUUAGUCCUUUGUUGACAGUUUGAAACCCAAAACAAAAAGGAAUGAAAACCAAACAUAAAGAGUGUGGUUAUAGAUUCCUGAGUGUACCCAGAAUUUGCUGAGAUAGGGUGCACAGUCGUAUUGGUAUCGUAUUGGUAAAAAGAACUUGACCAUCCUUAAAUAAAAAAUGACCCACUUUUUGGCGGUCGAGUUAGGAGGCGGGGACCCCUGCACUUCUGCCCUCUUUUACUCUUUUAUUUUUGGUAUCAAACGCUGAUUGGUCCAAAGCUAUUAAAUGAUAGUCUAAGGCCUAGGUUAGACGCCGUUCUUGUCAUGUCAUGUACCGUUCCAAAUGUCAUUUGGAACGGUACAUAAAAAGAACGGUGUCUAAACACCAUAGACUUGGAAUAAUAGAAUAUAAAUCGACCGCUUUUGAAAACAUAGAGCAAUAAGCAAGUAAAUGGUGCUGUGCAUAUCUUAUGAUUCUGGUUUUGAUAUUGACUUUUGAAUGAAGUUUUAUAUAUCAUUAAGCAUCUCGUUUUUGUUUCAGCUUUAAAACUGUAAGAUGCUUGUCUAAGGUUUUUGAAUAAUUGAAUUCAUAGAAUUUUUUGUAUUAAAAUCAGUUGAAUUAC